AUGUCCAUCCUAUGUUGUCAUCGUUUUUUGCUCUACUUACCUGUUCUACCUCAUCCCCUAGUCCCUCAAAAACGUACCAUCAUUCUCACCGACCUCCCCGAAUACGCUACAUCUAGCUUCAUCUCAUCCAUCGUCUAUGGCGGUAAUCUAGAGCAAAUCCGACUCGACCGCUUCGGAUGCAAGGCCUGGAUUCGCUUCCUCGAUCCAGCAGCAUGUCAGAAAUUUUAUGAGAAUUCCGACAAUGGACUCGUUUACGGCAAAGAGAACAACGGGAAGGAGAAGAUAGUUUGGGUGGACUUGGGCAAAGACGUUAAUGUCAUAGGAGGGAACCUCCGCGAACAGAUCGCCAGAGGCUGCACUCGCUCCGUGAAGGUCGUCCCUGUGGAGGAGGACUUCACAAAGAUGGCUUUGGAAACGUUUGCUGCAAGAGGACGAAGGAGCGUUGAGGGUCUCGAGGAGGGAAGGAGCUCACCAAACAAUAAACGCACGGUCAUCUUCCGCUUCACAGAGAUCGAGCACGCGGUACAAUUUCAUGGCACGCUGAAAAGCGACGCUGAUUGGGAGCAAUGCAACAUCAAUUACGUGGAUGAUCCGUAA